AUGUCAGACGAGAGUCCUGUAGAGCGCCGUGGAAGCGACGAUACGUCAUCAUCAUCAAAUGCCACACCAGGGACAACCACCCCAGGGACAACCAGACGACAGUCGCACGCCCUAACAACAUGGAGUCGUCAUCGUCCGACAAUCGAGCACCUCUACAUCAAUUUAGAUAUGCCUCUUCGUGACGUGGUCAAGAAAAUGGAGCAAGACCACGAUUUUUACGCUACCGAGAAUAUGUACAAAAAACGAUUUCAAAGGUGGAAACUUGCGAAACACAUCAAGGCCGACGAGAAAGAAAUGGUCCUGGCUAAUCUGCUUCACAACAGCUCCUCCACAGUCGAGACAAGGCACAUUCGGCAUGAUAAACUCGUGCGAUAUGCCAAGUCUCGUGCUCGAUCUGGAGAUCUGGACAGCCACGAUCUGGAAAGGAUUGUCCACCGAGACCAGCAACCAGGAAGUAGUCGACCGGUAGUUCGGAUCCCUGUAGUGAAACGUAAGGUUUCCGGCUUUGGGCGUCACUCGGGGGCUCAUAGGACUGAGAAGCCGUUCUCAACAUUUCUGCCACCAUCUCCCGCACCUCUAGAUGAGUUGGAUAGCUUUGAUCGAUUUCUCCGCGCGAUGCAGAUGCUUAUUGUGCGAGAACGGCAGGAAUAUUUGACAGGGUUGCAACAGAACCCCGAUGUCAUCUUCACAUCGCUAUCGAAUGGACUAGCAUAUUGGCGAGGUGACGCAUACCCGGCGGCUCGCAAGUCGUUUGGAUGGGCAGCGCGAAAGUUGACUGAGGAUAUACGAGGGUCCGACGUGUUGGUUUCGCGCAUCACAUUUUGCAUCAGUUCCAUUAUAUGGGGAGGCCGCCGAGAGGAGGUGUUUCAGAAGUUUUCAGAAUUCAUGGCAAAGGUGGCACUGGAAGUGCUAGGACCGAUGAGUCCAUUGACUAUAGUGUUACAGCAUCUGCAGACGGAGCAAAGCUUGGAUGCACAGAUCGCAAUAUGGGCGUGCGCUCUGGAUGACUACCAGGUCACCAACGAGAAUUUGAAGCAUUGGUGGAAUAUGGCUCAACGACGCUGGCGUUGGUGUCGGCGUUCUGGAAGGGUCGAUCUGGCCGAGAUGUAUUGUCGUCGUGCCACGAAUCAAGUUCGCGAGGUCAACCUAUUGACCAGUGAGAUGGAGUCGGAAGCGCAACAAGACCUCGAUGGAACGGCAUCUCACUCGUAA